AUUUGUUUUUCUUGUUUGUUUUUUUUUUCCCCCAUGAAUCUUCCUGAUCGGCUUUCUACCAAUCACCUUUAAGUUUGACUGAGUUGCUAAGCAACGAAUCAACACAACGGAUGCAAACUGAUGCAGCAUGUCUUCCAGUUUCUCGGCUAACCAGUAUGAAAGCGCCUUCAGAAGCCAGAGGCUGCAGAACUGGUGUGUGACUAAACCCUUUAAAGAGCGUCCACGCACACGGGUGGGUCCCUCUUCCUUUGUAGCAGACAGCAGAGGGCACCUGCUCCCAGGGGUGAAGAAAGGCGGAGCCUGGCCAGACUACAAAGGUACCUGGGAUCUACCAGCACGCAUCGCGCCCCCCCACAUCAACACCACCGCCCGUUCAGCGGCGGGUCUGGAUCGACUGAGGACCUGGGGCCUGUGCCCACCGCAGAGGGGCCAAUCACUUUCACCCAGCAGCAGCAGAAACACAGACAGGGGCCACCAGAAUGAUGAACGUCGAAGCUCGGCUAACCCAUCAACCGCAGCCGAAAGCAGACCAGAGUCCCAGAACCGCCCCUUGACUGGCAGUGAGAGCUCCGGCUCCCAGAGACACGAGGCGGGAGCUCCGGCUCAUCAGAUCCAACGAGCUUCAACGAGUGAAGCUGGAGAAACGACUCAUGAAGCUGAGAGUAAAACCUCCUCCAGGCCUGAGAGUGGAUCCCAGAGCAACAUGUCUGAGCAAAGGGCUAAAUCCUCCUCCAGGUCCACAGAAAGGCAACCAGCGGGACCGCUGAGGAGCGGGACACCCUGCAGGACAUAAAAAGAGUCAGAGGUCCCAUUAAUGGAUUAAUUGGAAAUCAGAAAGAAAGUCUUCCAUUAUUUCAAGUUUCAGAGCACAUUAAAACGUUAAUAAAUGUAUUGUAUCCAACUUAAAGGAGAUGAACAUUAUUGGUGCUUGAUGAGUGAUAAUUCAUCAGAAAAGGACAAAGCAGUGAAAUAAAUGUUUUACAAAAUAAGGAAACUUUGUCUGAUUGUGGAGAUUAGAAUUCCUCAGAAUGAGUCAGAUGGGAAUAAAAAACAGCAUUUUUCUUAUCCCACAAUAAAGUGAAUACAAACAUUUAACAGAAAUAAAAUAAUAAUAAUAAUGUGACUUUAAA